GGCCAUACCUUUACCUCGUAUUUUAAUAUCUGUCAGAUAACGGGGCUGGCACACAAACAUCCGAUCUGGGCCGCUGUGCCGUGCGUCGCGUAUUUAAAGCGAAAUUAUAUGAACAUAGUGUUAUACUGAGCAUCGAAGCAGCCAUGAAUAUUCUGCUCCCAAUCCUCAUCAUCACAGUGGCCUUCCACGUCGUAUCGCCAGCUCCAAUGGACCAUCUUCACCAGUUCGAGCUGACGAUGUUGAACAAACUCCAUAAACCUUGGUUCUCUAAGCCUCAGGAGUAUCCCAGAAAGGGAGAGCACCCCAGGAAAGGAGAGUACCCUUGCAAGGGUGGAAUCUGCAAGUCUAAAGGUGUUCCUGACUGUGAAGAGUGCCAAUAUCAGUUGCCUUUGAGAUUUUAGGAUGGAGAAAGAAGUCCAUGGGGUUUUGGAGACCACAGAAUACCAUAGGCUUAAGUCAAAGACAAAGUGCAAAUAUCCGUUAAUAACCACUUGUGAAAGUCAAGCUAUCUAUUUUAAUUAACCGCUGCACCGCACGAGGAUUUUCUCCUGUGUCGUGGAUUUACAAACAUACAAGUUCACAUACACAUGCCACCCAAACCUGAAACAACAAUUUGUGGACCACACAAAGAGCUGCUCCAUGCGAGAAUCGCGACAGCCGAUUGCCCAGCCAGCAGCGCUUUCUGAUAUAGACCUGAACAGCUAAAUCUUUUAAACUGUUCCGUUUCAAUAAGGGCUACUGUAUUCUACUCACUAGAUGGUGCUAGUGGGAAGCUCUCGUUCUUCGUCCAAUAGGGAAUUAGCUAGUGUCACACCAUUGGACGUUCAAUAUUUGACAGCUGCAGUGAUUGGACAAAAAACUUUUGCUAUAUUUGCACCAUCUUGUGAAUGGGGGCCCAUUUAUUAUUUACUUGUCUUACUUAAAGACUGAUUAUGAAAUUAUUAAGUAUGUAACCUAAUCUUUAUUAUGAAAAUUGUACCAAUAUAGUUAUGUAUAUAAAUGUAUUUAACUUAAGAAAAUAAAGGAAUAUUAAUUAUUUUUGUA